AUGGACUUUCGCUCCUGCCCGAAGGACAGGCACGGCUUUGACGAAACCUGCGUAAUCGUGGAUCACCUAACGAAACGGGUAAUUUCGAUUCCUUGCCAUAAAAAUGUAUCCGCAGUGGAUAUGGCUCAGCUCUUCCUUGAAAAUAUAUAUCGAUGGGUAGAGCUGUCAGAAUCAAUCCUUUCGGAUCGUGGAAGCCAGUUUGUCUCUGCCUUCUGGGAAGAGCUCUGCCUGCGGCUUAAAAUCAAGCGCAGACUGACCUCGGGACAGAAGCCUUCUACGAAUGGUCAUACAGAGAUCGUCAAUCAGUAUUUCGCCCAGAAACUCCGCCCCUUUGUAAACUAUUAUCAGGACAACUGGUCAGAGUUACUGCCGGCUAUGGACUUUGCCUACGCUAUCCUUGAACACGAGUCAACCGGGCUGUCCCCCUUCCAAGUGAAACGUGAUUACGAGCUUCGGGUCUCCUUUGACUGGAUCUCGCUCUCAAAACCUCGGAAUAAGCCCCAGGACCAAGCUGAAGCUCGCCGGACUGCUCGCAGUUUAGAACAGAUCUGGGACUACACUAAAGGGCAGAUUCAACUGGCUCAGGCGAAGAUGAAGAAGCAAGCUGACAAGCAUCGAAGGCCAGUAGAUUUCAGGGCCGAAGACUGGGUCUACGUAACUACUAAGGACUGGGAGUUAGGCCGUCCGAGCCGCAAGUUCGGCGACCAAUGGGCUGGCCCGUAUGAAAUUAUCGAGCAAAUUGGAUAUGCCUUUAAGUUUCGCCUGCCUUCUACGCUCCAAGUUCAUCCUGUUUUCGCGCCAGAAAAGCUCCGAAAAGUGACCGAUUUGACGCCAAUGCCGGGUCAAAUUCGUGAUCCAAAGCCCCCAAUUGAAGUGCAGGGCGAGCCUGAAUGGCUCGUAGAUAAGAUUCUUGCUUUUCGCAUGUAUAAUAAAAAGCUCCGAUAUCGCGUGCAGUGGGAGGGACAUCCUCCUGACCCUGCAUGA